GUUGGUUGGCCUCCGUUCCACUCCACGCACGCCCCUCUCAUUUCCAGUCCACCUUCCCACCCAUCGCCCUGCCUACCUUCUCCCUCUCUCUCUCUCGUCCACGCCUCCGGUCGUUCCCCUUCUUCCCUCUGUUUGCCACUCACCGGGCGCCAUGACGGAGGAGGCCGAGGGCUGUGUUGUGGCCGAGGCGGCGGGCAUCAUCUGCUCGCUCCGCGCGGCCGACGUCGCCGGGUGGACGCCGCCCUGGAAGGCGAGCGGGCCACCGUCGUCCGAAGCCACGGGGAAGGAGGAGGCGGCCUGGCCGGCGGUGGCGCGGGGGAAGCGGACGCGUUCGUCGCGCCGCCGCUCGCCGUCGGGCUCCGGCUCCAAGGCCAACAAGGGGAGGUGGGCCCGCGGCAGCCCGGCGUCUCCGCUCGACUACAGCGGCGCGUCCAGCAGCGGCGGCGAGGACGGCGCCUUCUGCUCGCCACCGGAGGCCGUCGCCCGCGUACACGCCGAGGCCACCCCCACCGCUGUCCCAGCUUCUUCCUCCUUGGCCAAGGUGGGAUCUGCCGGAGGAGCACGACGCCCGUUGAUCAUGCCGGUGCCGCCGCCCCGCACCGCCGGCCAGAGGUCGCGGAAGAAGAUGCGGCUCCCGGAGGUGAAGCAGUUGGUGCUGUCCCUGUCGGCAGAGAACGUCGGCCUUCGCCAGGAGAUGGAGUCCCUGCAGAGGGCCUGCACGGCGCUGUCCGAGGAGAACGGCAGACUAGAGACAAGGCUAGAAAAUUCUUCUUCGUCAAGCAAGCGGAAGAGGGCCGAAUCAGAAGGGGGGGAGCAGCGGCAAUGGAAGCCACAGCAAGCCGGAGGCGGCUUCGUGCUCCCUGACCUCAACUUUCCGGCGCAGGAUGUCGCCGAUGCACCAGCGGCUCCCUGACGGCUUACCUGACAAGUUCAUUAACAGUGUAUAGAGGAAGAAGCUGAAUCUGGGGCUGGAAGGCCUGAUCUCUGAUCGUGCCUGCUGGCAGGCAGGCAGAGGAACCGGCCAUGUUACCUUAUCUAUUUUUUCUUCUUCUUUUGUUUAGCUUUGAGAGUUUUUUUUAACUGCCAGCAACGCUGGCUUUGUAUUAAGAUAGGUAGCGAGCACAGUUUACAGGGUAAUCGCAAGGGUGCGAUCUCCGAUAAAAAAGCGGGUAAAUCACCCAACAGGAUUACAGAGGAAGAUGAAAUGUUUAGCACUUUUUAAGAUGAAAAA